UAACAUGCUACCGCGCCUCUUACAAUCACUCACUUGUUGUUCGGGCGAGGCCUCGGCAGGGCGUCCAAACCUCUCCGUCCUCGUGCGGCUUGCUUGCGUUGUGUUCCACACACCGGCUCGCCCAGCGCCGAACCGCCGAACACAACCGGGGCGAGAGGGGCUGAGAAGACGGACGGAAGCCAGCACCUUUGGCAGAGGGUCUUGGAGCUCACUCGGGCUGCGCUGGGCUGGGCUGUGCGUUGCAUCUGCUGGGCUGACCACGCUGAUCUGCCGCCGAGUGUUGACUGUGCAGUGUGCCAUCACGGACAGGUCGGAGGGGGGGGGGGGGGGGUACUUUGUGGCAACACCGUUCAGAAGACGAGCCGUUCUCGAAAAAUGCAAAUGGUUAUCGAAACUUGCUGUGAUGUGACCACUCAACACGAAUAGGCAACUUCAUGGUGCGCAGGCGGCAGCCCCGCAGGCCGCAGGAUGACGCCGCGGCGCGCGGCGGUGCCGGCGGGACUGGCGCCGCUGCGGCCGCCGCCGCCGUUGCUGCUGCCGCUGCUGCUGCUGCUCGCGGCCGCGUGCUCGGGGACCUUCUUGCCGCGGCGGCUCGAGUUUGAGGCCGCGUUCCCCGAGGCGCUGGCGGGCCGGCCGGCCGCCCUGGACGACAGCCCGCUGUGCGAGGACGUGCACCCCGAGCUGCGCGUGCCCUGCCGCUGCUCCUUCAUCCACUCGCGGCGCGCGGGCGAGGAGCACGUGACCGUGGAGGUGGCCAUGGACUGCGACCGCGUCGUCUUCCCCGGCGAGCUGCCGCCGCUGCCGCCGCGGGCGCCCAUCGUGUCCUUCAGCCAGCGCUGGGCCGGGCACCAGGCGCUGCCCACCGCGGCGCUCACCACGGCCGAGCUGCCCCUACGCCGCCUGGACCUGGCCGGCAACAGCCUGCGCCGCCUCUCGGACCGCCAGCUGGCGGGGCACCUGGCCGACCACCUGCAGGAGCUCAACCUGGCCGAGAACCUGCUGGGCGACAACCUCAACCCCAUCUUCAGCGCGUCCGAGUUCCACAGCCUGCGCGAGCUGCGGCUGCUCGACCUGUCCGGCAACCAGAUCAAGGGCCUGGAGGAGGGCAUCCUCAAGGGCUGCGAUAACCUGCAGGAGCUGCGCCUGGACCGCAACAGCCUGCUGGAGGUGCCGGCCGCGUCGCUGCACGGCCCGCGCGCCCUCAGGGCGCUGUCCCUCGCGCACAACCGCAUCAGCUUGAUUCGCGAGGGUGCGCUGGAAGGACUACAGCAGCUGCAACGCCUCGACCUCAGCUUCAACACCAUCGGCUCCCUGGAGGGCGGCGCGCUGACGGGCCUGGCCAAGCUGCAGGACCUCAGCCUCUGCCACAACAGGAUCACCAAGCUCAACAGCGAUGUCUUCGAGGGCGCCGUGUCCGUUGAAGUUUUGGACCUGUCGCAGAACUUCUUGCGAGAGGUGCCUGCGGUGGCCUUCAAGGAGCUGUCCAAACUGCGGCAGCUCAACAUGUCGGCGAAUCUGAUCCAACGGCUGGACAACGAGGCGCUACGCGCGCAGACACAGCUCGAGUCCUUGGACCUGAGCGGCAACAACAUCGGCAAUAUCGCACCGGGGACGUUCCGCGGCCUCCGCGCGCUGCGACACCUCGACCUGAGCGUCAACGCGCUCCGCACCGUGGAGGACGACGCCUUUGAGGGCCUGGACGCCCUCGAGACGCUCCGGCUCCGCGACAACAACAUCCUGGCCGUGCCGGCGUCCGCACUCGGGCGCCUGCCGCGUCUGCGCACGCUCUCGCUCGACUACAACCGCCUGGCCGUGGUGAGCGCGGACCUGCUGCGCGCCGUCUCGGAGCGCGCCAGCGACCUGGGGCUGGCCCGCAACGUGAUCCGGGAGCUGUCGCCGGCCGCCUUCCGCGACUUCACACGUCUCCGCCGCCUGGAUCUGUCCGCCAACCUCCUGCUGGCGCUGGACGCGUCCGCCCUGGUAGGCCUCGAGGACACGCUGGAGGAGCUGGACCUGUCCGCGAACAAGAUCUCCAACGUGGCAGGCGGGCCGCUGGCCCUGCGCAAGCUCCGGGUCCUGGACCUCUCCGACAACCAGCUGCAGGGCCUCGGACGCGCACCACUGGCCGGGCUGCCCGCGCUGGAGGUCCUGGACCUGUCGGGCAACCCGCUGCUUGUGCCCUCGCCUACGGGCGGCACCGGCGGCAUCCUGAGCGGGCUGGCGCGCCUCCGUGUGCUGGACAUGAGCCGCGUCGGCAUGCGCGCCAUCAGCGCCGACCUACUGCACCGCGCCGCCGAUCUGGAGAGCGUGUCGCUGGCCGGCAACGCGCUGCAAGAGCUCCCGGAGGGCGCCUUCGCCAACCUCGUCAACUUGACCUCGGUCGACCUCUCCGGCAACCAGCUGUCCAACGUCCGCGCCGGCGCCUUCACGGGGCUGCCCGCGCUGCGCAGGCUCAACCUGUCACGGAACAAGCUGCAGGCGUUCCGGGGCGAGGUCCUGGAGGCGCCGGGCGAGGGCGGCGCGGGCGCCUCUGCGCUGCGGGAGCUCGACCUGUCGCAGAACCAGCUGGGCUAUCUCUUCCCCAACUCGUUCCGCUCGCACCCACGGCUGCGGCGGCUCGUGCUCAACCAGAACAAGCUCACCUUCUUCCCCGGGGAGCUGCUCGCGGGCCUGAGGUACCUGGAGGAGGUCAACUUGAGCGGCAACCUCCUCAAGGCGGUGGACGACAUGGACUUCGCUCGCCUGCCUCGACUCCGCGAACUGGACCUCACGAACAACCAGCUGGAGGCGCUUAGUGAGACGGCUUUCCACAAUUCGACACAACUACAGAUGUUGUGGCUUGCGGGUAAUCGACUGGAGCGGCUGUCGGAGCGCACGUUUGAGGGGCUGUGUCGAAUCGAGUUGCUGGACCUGGAAGGGAACUUACUGGCCGAGCUGCCUGACGCACUGUUCGAGCGCGGACGCGUGCACAUCCUGGACAACAUCAACUUGGCCCGCAAUCUGUUCGAGGUGGCCCCGCUCGCCACGCUCCAGCGGCAGUACUUCUUCCUCUCGUCCGUCGACCUGAGCUCCAACAAGCUGGUCGACAUCCCCGCCGACGACACCAUCAUGGUCAACAUCAAGCGCCUGGACCUGAGCUUCAACCCGCUCAGCCAGGACGCUAUCGCACACGUACUCUCCGAGCCCAAGACGGUGCGUGAACUGAACAUGGCUGGCACCGGCAUCCAGAGCUUGACCCAGCUCGAGACGCCCUUCCUCAGAUCGCUCAACCUCUCCCACAACAACAUCACCCACUUCGGCAAGGAGGUGGUUGCCCGGCCCACCUUGAUGGAGAUGCUGGACCUGUCCUUCAACCAGCUGGCCACCUUCCCGCGGGUGGGCGCGCAGCUGCGCCACCUGCAGGCGCUCGACGUGUCCAACAACCCCAUCCCGUCCAUCGUCCAGGGCGACCUGGAGGGCCUGGCUGGGCUGCGGCGUCUGAACAUUGACUCGCUGCCCGUGCUGUCCCGCCUGGAGCGGUCCGCGCUGUCCGGCCUGUCCUCGCUGUCCUCCCUGCACGCCGCGGGCUACCCCCGCCUCGGCUACCUGGACGCGGCCGGCCUGCUGCGCUCGCUGCCUUUCCUCACCACGCUCCGGCUCGAGCUCAAGGACCCCACCGUUGGCGGCGACACCCUGGCGCCGGCGCUGCAGCCGCGCCUACAGGAGCUGGGGCUGCACGGCUCACGGGUGCGCAGCCUGUCGUCCAGCGCGCUGGCCGGGCUCAAGGCGGCGCGGGUCCGGCUGCUGCUGACGGACACCUCCCUCGCCGCGCUCCCGCCCGCGCUGUUCUUCCCGCUGCCGCGCUCUUGCCGUCUCGUCGUGGACGUGUCUAGGGCAAAGCUGCCGACGCUGUCGCCGCAGCUGCUGGCCGCCCUGGACGACCGCCGGGGGCUGUACACCCUGCAGGGCCUGGCCACAAACCCGCUGCACUGCGACUGCGCCGCACGAGCGCUCCGCCGAUGGCUACCCGCAUCCGGCAUGGGCGACCUCCGCUGUCACAGCCCGCCGUCCAUGGCGGACCGCCUGCUCGUCGAGGUUGGCGACGACGACCUGACGUGCGACCCGCACCGCGCCCAGCAGCAGGCCACCACGAGCACCACCACGGCCGCGCCGGCCCCGGCGCCCACCACGACCAGCACGCCCAUCAUCACCAUGCUGUCCAAGCACCACCCCACCCGCCACCACGCGCGGCCGGGCUUGGGGGCGGGCGGGCAUCCUACCACGGAGCCCGACAUCAUCUGGUCGCUGCCGCCCACCACGCCGCGGCCGCACCACAAGGCGGCGGGCGCCACCAUGAUGAGCCCGCGGCCCGCCCAGGGCGCCGCCGUGGUGAGCAACGACGACACGCUCAUCAUCGGCAUCGUGGGCGGCGUCGUGGCCUUCAUCGCCAUCCUGGUGAUCGUCAUCUGCAUCGUGCGGCUGCGGCUCACCAGCAACCAGUACCGCGGCGGCCCCAUGGCGGCCGGGCCGCUGGGCGGCCCCAUGGCCGCGGCUCAGCACCAUGCCCGGCACCAGCACCAGCAGGCCGUCAUGCAGGGGAUGCAGUCCGGCGAGUACGGCCCACCCCCGAUGUACCUGUCGCCGUACGCGGCGCACGGCUACGCCGCGGCCACGCUGCCCCACGGCGCGGGCCAGCACGGCCCGCACUCCAAGAUGCACACGCUGCCACCCAUGGCGCCCAGCCUGGCGCCUAGCCUCGCGCCGUCGCACGUCAGCCCGCGAAGGACGUCGUACGCGUCGCUCGGGCGGCCGGCGCACACGCCCACGCCCUGCUACCCGCAGCAGAUGCAGCAGCAGUCGCCCUACUACAUCACCUUCUCCGGCGAGGAGAAGGAGCACCGGUAGCGUCGGUGCCAGCCUCGUCCUCCUGAGAGCGCCCUCGCGUACCCGGGAGGAUGCGGGCGGACCGGGCCGUGCGCGGGGAGGUGACACCACAAACAGACUGCAAACGCCACGGUACCCUCAAAGUGAUUUUACUCAGAUUUUUUAAAAUUCGAAAUCGUAGGUAGUAAUUUUAGUUAUUAUUUUCCCCCACUGUACAUGUGUAAGAGUGUGUUCAAGUCGUUAUUUUCCCAUUCGGGGCAGGGCCUCUGUGAUUGUUGUAGCUGUACAUAGUGCAAGAUGCUGAUAUGGGUAUUAUUUCCUUGAGUGCUGUACAGUAGUGUUGUAUAUUUACUUAAACACAGGAAGUGAUGUGUAAAUUUUAAUAGAUUGAAUAAGAAGUGUAAAUUUCAAUUUUCAACUUUAAAGACUGUUAUGUACAUAAGACCCAAAGUUUAGCGAGUAGGAGGUAAUAAAUGUAACUAACGAAGCCAUUUUAAAGAAUGUUAUUGAACAUAUUUAUUUUAUUGUAGAUAGAUCUAUAUUGUAAUGCUAGGAUUGUGUUCCACUGGUUGCUGAACACAAAUAGGCAGGCGUUUGAAAUUAUCAAAAUCGCCUCUGUUAACAGUUCAAAAUAUGCCACAAAAGCAUAGAAAGUUGUGCCUUGCAAUAAAUGGAACACGCCCAAUUA